AUGAAAAUGAAAAUGCUGCAAGUAUCACCGGAUCCACAACUACAGCCCAGCACGCUGCUAUCAGCCCGCAAGGAAGCGGAGCACAAAUUGUUCAGCCGCCAGUUCCUGGAAGCAGAGCUCAGGUUUUCACAGGAAAUGCGGGGCAGGGUCAAUAUCAAGCCUUUAAUAUGGAACCUUACGGCUUGGGAAGUAGUUCAGUACAGCCAUUGCGAAACUUCCAGCAGCGUGAGUUGCCAUGGAGUACAUUUGGCGGUGGACAGCCAGGCAUUCCAAGAGCACCGGCACGUGGAUCUGUACCACCUGGAUUUUCAAGCAAUUCGAAUGUAGGAAUUUCAUCUUUGCCGGUCGGCAGUGGCCGGGGCGGCCGGCGAGGCCGUGGUGGGCAGCAGUAUGCAGUCAAACGACCCAGAACGGAGGAAUUUCGCUCAAUGACCAGUUCAAACCAAUUCGGACAGCCAGUGAAUCAGAGGCCAGUAGUACACCGUAAAUAUCCCAUGGAGAUUUACUUUUUUCGUAGCGCCGAAGGAAAUCAGAUUCCGUCCCAGCGAGUGGGUGAUGUUAUUUACAGCGAAUAUCAGAUGGAACUAGAUUUCAUGCGGAAAGCGGGACUAAUUCGGCAAGUUGAGUUUGACGUACUGGAAGGACGUCACAUCUAUACAAAAAUUUCCGAAGCAUUUGGCGAUUGUCUUGGCAACCAGGAAUGGACGUUGUUGAGCCGACUUGAUGAGCCGGGAAAGCUAAAGAGUCCGUUUAUUUGGCCAACAGAUUUGGAUGUUUUAUCUCCAUCUUGGGCGGAUCAAGACUUAUACACCGAGAGGGCCCUAAACCAAGCGCGAAGACGCAUGUAUAUCGCUCUAGCUCAUGGUACACUGAAUAUCCCGCGGGAAAUUUUUGAGGAAUUUGCUGCGGAUCAAGGAAGAACUGUGGAAGAACUGGAUUUACGAAACGUUCCAACUGGUAUCACAAAUUCCCGAUCCCCUUUUGGUCUGCGAGAAACAUCCCGUGCUUCUACAUCCGCCUUGGGGAGUGCCUCCCGUGCUUCUACAUCCGCCUUGGGGAGUGCCGGCCGUGCUUCUACAUUCGGCUUCGGGAGUGCAUCCAGUGCAUCAUCCGGCUUCGGGAGUGCAUCCAGUGCAUCAUCAGGCUUCGGAAGUGCCUUCGUUGCUUCUACAUACGGCUUUGGAAGCGUGUCCGCAUCAAGGAAUUCCUUUCGGGGACGGUUAGACGAUACUUCUCCGUCUCCACCGUCUUCACCGGAUUUGCCUCGCCGUCGUCGCGGUCGAUUAAUGUUCAACGAUAGUGCUUCUGGUCGUCAAUUAAGCAAUAACGUCAUCGUACUUGGUGACUCGGAUAACAGCGAAGCUGAAGAGGAGAAGAAGAACGCUGUCGCGGCCAGUAGUGCCGCAGUUACAGAACAGAUUAUUGAAGUCGCUGAAUUUCCUGAAGUUGAUCCAGGCGCAAGUGAAAUAUCGAUUGAAAGCAUGAGAUCUCGGCUGUGCUUAAAAGUUACCGGUCAGCGACCAAUGGUCAAAUCCGACAUCGUAUUUGUUUGGAUUAAAAGAAGCAGCAACGUACAAAAUUUUAUCGACUUUUACUAUGCGCGUGCUGAUGGUUUGGCUUAUGGCGGAAGAAUGGAAGUGGAAAUGGAUGAUGCGUCGGAUUGGGACGGGCCUUUCAAAGAAUGUAUCACGGAGCUUUUGGAAGGGUUCCGCUCGUACAAGAUUCCGGAUGUUGAUAUUGAUUUAUUCGAAGUGACUGAUGGGAUUACUUUGAUAACCGGAAAAGCGAUUACAACAGAAGGAGGUAUCUCGGCUUUGCGGGCAUUUGGAUUUCUUCUGCGUGAAGCAAUACUUCAUGGGAGUCCGUUCCCUCAGUGGUUUAAUAAUUCCGCUUUCCGGUACGUUCUGAACUUGCCAGUAGAAGUGAAUGACAUUUUCCGCUUCAACGUUGGAACCGGCGAUACCAUCAAGGACAUCCUAUCGGGCACGGGGCCGAUCGUCUGGGCAAAUGAAACAUCCUUGCAGACUUGGGCAGAGAAUCAUCCAGCUUUCCCGACUGUUGCGUUGGUGCAACAAGGACGCCAGAAAUUGUGUCGACACAUCGCCGAGUAUGAACUGUGCGGGAAGCGAGCCUCUAAUUUGAAAUAUCUAAGUGAAGGUUUGCUGGCCGGAACGAUGGGAAAGGAGCUGAGAGAAAUACGUGCUCAAUGGAAAUUCUUCGAGAAAAGCCUUUAUCGAGAAUUCGAAGAAGUAGACGAUUUGCUGGAAGAGUUUCUGCCGUACAAUGAACAUGCCGAAGAUAUUAGCGAUGAAUUGAUGGCUGAGCAGCUGCAGAUUGUGAACUGGUUUGAUGAAAUUGUCAAACACGACCUGAGCCACCAUGAACGACGACAACUGCUCCGUUUUGUUACUUCCGGGUACCGCAUUCCGGCCACUCCGAAAAUCGCAAUUGUUUUUUCCGUUGGACGAGAAGAAGAACGUCGCCCUCAGGCAUCUACGUGCAGCCAUAAGCUUAUGCUGCCCGUCGGAUGCGAGUCCAAGGACAAACUGCGGCUGCACCUUCGCGAGUGCAUUUUAUCUGUGGACAGCGAGAUGGCGGGAUUUUUCCAGAUAAAAUGAACAACGUGGAUUGUUAAGCGGUAGCUGGGCAGUCGUGUGGAGUGAGAAAUAACGGAUUUGUUUUCGUUCCUGAUUUGGGUGGAAUAAUCAACUAAAUUUGGAUCCGACUUGAAUGGAUUACGGAAUAUUGGACUUCAUUUAGUUUUGCAACAUGCUGUUAAUGGCUUUAAUAACCGUUAAGUGGAAAUCUGUUUGGUUUUAAAGGAAAUUCUCCAGCACAAUUUGCUGGCCGCAUAGCAUAUGAAUAGCCGCAUGGCAUUUGAGUACUAGUUCCUUCGGCAACGGGAAUGUUUUUUAUGUUCCAGCGUAAUUAAUUUCAAUAAUUUGUUAUCCGUGUUUCAUGUUAUGAUGGAGAAACUGAACUGAUUUUGAUUAAACGCGAUGUUCGUCAGCCGAAAAAUCUGUUACCGGCUACUCGGAGCCAACUGCAAUAUUUCCCACACGAGACUUUCAAACUUUUAACCGGUACCUAUACUUAAAUAACAUCUAUUAUCACUCAAGUCUUAAGCGCGCAGCCCACCUGGAUCAUGAUCUGUUCGGCUCAUAUUAAAACCAUCUAACAAAUAAAAUUGACAGAAUUAGGUAUGUAAAACACAAUUGUAGUAAAGAAAUCAUUAUGACAACGGAAUCAAAUGCAUCAAGAAAACUUCCUCGAACUGAACACUUCGAUAACUGCGGUAAUCGGAAAUAGCAAUCCAUUCCACACGGUGCCCAGUUAAUGACCGACCUUCCCCGCACCUGGCUGCAGUUCCAUAGCACGUCUCAAUUCAUCAAAAAUAACUAAUACAAGUGCACCACCAACGCCACGGAACAUGUUGGACAGGGCGCCCAUAAAGAAUGUCGGGAAACCUUAAUUUUUGGCAAUUUUCAUCAUGGCGUCCAGUGAAUUCUUGUAGAGAAUUUCGUUGCCUGCCGACUGCAUCAUCACGCGUCGUCGCACGGUAUCCCACGGAUACCUAAAGCACAAACAAAAUUCAGAAAACGUACUAAUAACGGAGCUGAGUUAGAAUUAUGCCAUAAAUUCGGCAAACGCCGUGACGGUGAGGGCGAUCUUAAAGUUAAGCAUGAUGGGCACUCUGCCUUCUUUGAAGUAAAUUUUAAAUGUGUCAGAUACACCAAAAUAUGCAGCUCGAUAAAUAAAUAUUCCCUGGACGGAAACGUUGAAGCUGCGAUACAAGGCGCGAAUGCCAUCGGUUUGGUAGGUUUUUCUCAUACAGUUUCAUAAACCAGUGAACUUACGAGUCCCCGCGUUCU